CAAGGUACGACACGCCCCCGGACUUGAAGCCUGACAGGGAGCACGUACGAGCCGGAGUUCAUGUCCGAGUCUCUGGAGAAGUGAGCCGCGCCGCCCCGGAGCCGAUUCACUGGGAAGCCGCGUGAGUUUCUCCUACAAAUGGCCUCCAUCGUCUUGUACACGGGACACAAAGCGGCGCAGACAACAGCCAGAAGGUGUUUGAGUUCACAUGCAAAAGCACUACCCGCUGCUAGAGAGGCUCUGCGGUCGUGUCCCCUGCUUCCGGGAUCGAGAUGGCUGUCCAGAGGUACCGGGGUAAGGUACAUGUCCCAUGGGAGCGCAGGCAGAGCCGCAGCCGGGCGAACCGGGAGGGGAGCCCUGGCGCUCGGUGCAGCCGCGGCGGUGACAGCAGCAGCGGCUGUAGCGGGACUCGUGGCCAACGCCAGCCACUUCCAGCGCGCCCAGAUGGCGACCAGAGUGGCUCCGGCCGCCGAGGAGGAGCAGGAGGGGGACAUCCUGGAGAGAUGCCGGGGCUUCAUGUCCGCGCCGGUGAGCGACAUCAACGUGCUGCAGGGGAGGAAGGAGGAGAUGCGGACGAGGAUGGAGAUGUUGAUCAUGGAGACUCAGGCCGAGUUCUGCAAAGCCCUGCAGGAGGUGGACGGUGGGACGUUCAAGGUGGACCGGUGGGAGCGGAAGGAAGGUGGUGGAGGAAUCAGCUGUGUGAUGCAGGAUGGCAAGCUGUUUGAGAAAGCGGGGGUCAACGUGUCAGUGGUGUUCGGGAACCUGACCGAGGAGGCCGCCAAGCAGAUGAGGAGCAGAGGCAAAGUCCUGAAGGGGAAAGAUGGGAAGCUGCCGUUCUGUGCCAUGGGUGUGAGCUCCGUCAUCCACCCCAAGAACCCCCACAUCCCCACCGUGCACUUCAACUACAGAUACUUCGAGAUCGAGGAGGGAGACGGCAACAAGCAGUGGUGGUUCGGUGGAGGCACAGACCUGACUCCAGUCUAUGUGAAUAAAGACGAUGCCUUUCACUUCCACAACACCCUGAAGGAGGCCUGCAACAAGCACCACUCGCAGUACUACCCCGACUUUAAGAAAUGGUGUGACAGAUACUUCUAUAUUCGCCACAGAGGAGAGACUCGGGGGAUAGGAGGGAUCUUCUUCGAUGACCUGGACUCGCCGAGUCAGGAGGAAGCGUUCAAAUUUGUGAAGAGCUGCGCUCGCACUGUGGUGCCCUGCUACCUGCCUAUCGUACACAAGCACCUCAGUGAUGCCUUCACUGACGAGGAGAAAAACUGGCAGCAGGUACGGCGAGGAAGAUAUGUGGAGUUUAACCUGGUGUACGACAGGGGGGUGAAGUUUGGCUUGGCCACACCCGGCUCCAGAAUCGAGAGCAUCCUCAUGUCGCUCCCCCUCACCGCCAGGUGGGAGUACAUGCACGAGCCUGCCAAAGGGACCCGGGAGGCUGAGAUGCUGGAGGUGUUACGAAACCCUAAGGACUGGGUCUGAUCACGGCGCUCACACUUUUCAAUAUUGACAAAACACGCAGAAAUACGUAUUUGCUGUAUUUAAAAAAAGGUGUCACCUGUUUGACUUUAUCAGCAGCAGUUAACGCUGUUUACCAAAAAAAUAGGUUUAUUUGUAAUAGCUUGAAGGUACGUUUCUCUUUGCUUUUUGUCGUGUCAGCCUCGUUAACAAUUGUUCACAGGGGAUUUUGUGUUAAUGUGACCUUGUGUUGGGAAACUCAGCGACUGAGCUGCUUUUAAGACGUGUUUGUGUCAAACACAAGCCGAUUGUGUGUUUUCUGUGCCUUGUUCUACCUGAAGCAGCAUUAUCUCCACACUCUGUUUUCCUUUACAGAGGCACUGGAAGGGAAAACGAGGACAAACUGAGCCACAGUGUUUUGUAUGUGUGCCACAAACUCCUAUCAAAUAUGAAUGAGUCUACUUUUGAUGUGCAAGGGCCUCUGCUAACCAUGGUGGGUUAGUUGUGACCAUCAAGCUGAAUAUGAGGAAUUAAACUGCUCCCCGUUGAGUCCCACCCACACUGCGGCUGGCUGGUCCUUCGUGGUUAAGUUACUUCCAGCUUUGUUUAAACAGCAGCAACAGUUCUUAGAUUUCUGGAUCGAGUUCCACAGAGAGGAUGAAUGUGAAAAAACAGGUUAGGUGGUUCCCUGAAGACAGAAUAAUGUCUCUAAAGCACAAAUGAUCAGGAGACAUAUCCUUUCAAAUAAUUUAUGGCAAAAAUUAUAAGUUUUAUACUGCAAUAGUACACCAAGUUUGAGAUGCUUUUCCCACUGAGUUACAUUUAUCUUUUUAUAAGCUACUGGUGGAAAGUAUAUUCAACUUUUACUGAGUUAACUUCCUUAAAGCAAAAGCUUAUUAUGGACACAGUCUUAAUUUCUGUCACUCAUGUUACCAAAUUAUUUUCACUCAUGUCUGUAGCUGUGUUCAGUGUCACAACAUCGAGUCACUAGAUCCUGACCAAUAUGGAUUUUUAGAGGCUGAUACAGAGGAGUAAUACUUUUCUAAUACAAUUUUUUUAUCAAAUUAUUUACAUUUAUUAUUGUAAAACAAAAUACAAUAUUUGUAAAAUAAAAGUUUUCAUAUCUGCA